GCGAGGAGGCGGGGGGGGGAGUUCUGCUCAGCUUGGCGCGCGCGCUUGUAAACAAGCAACAUGGCGGCGGCGGCGAAAGCAAUGAGGGCAGCGGCCAACCUCCUCCAGCGUCGAGGGGCUAUGGCCACGGGGGCUGCCGCCACCGCUAGCCCAUCUUCUUCACCCCCUACUAUUCUGGGACGCUUAUCCUCGAGGGGUUUGGCGCCUGGGCGCUGCUCGGCCUUGCUCUCCGCCGCCAGAGGUUACAGUUCUGAGGCGAAAGGUGGGGAGGAAGAGCUGAGGGUCCGCUAUUUGGACGAUGAACAUAAAGGAAUCGUCGUACUUGGAUUGAACAGAGAACAUGCAAAAAAUGCACUUAAUAAACAUGUCAUAAAAAUGAUAUCAAAAGUUAUGGAAGCUUUGAAAACUGACAAAAAAGUACGGACGAUUAUAUUCCGAAGUGAAGUUCCUGGGGUAUUUUGUGCUGGUGCUGAUCUUAAAGAAAGAGCCAAAAUGCACUCUAGUGAAGUAAGCUCUUUUGUCUCAAAAGCAAGAGCAACUAUUAAUGAAAUAGCUAAUCUUCCAGUACCAACUAUUGCUGCAAUAGAUGGCAUUGCAUUAGGUGGUGGCCUAGAAUUGGCUUUAGCCUGUGACAUACGAGUGGCAGCCACUUCUGCAAAAAUGGGUUUAGUUGAAACAAAGUUAGCAAUAAUUCCUGGUGCAGGAGGAACGCAAAGACUACCUCGUACAGUUGGAGUGUCUCUGGCAAAAGAACUAAUAUUUUCUGCACGAGUACUUGAUGGCGAAGAAGCAAAAUCAGUAGGAUUGGUUAGUCAUGUCGUGGAACAGAAUGAAGCUGGGGACGCUGCCUAUAGAAGAGCUUUAGCCCUGGCAAGAGAAUUUUUACCUCAGGGACCAGUAGCAAUGAGAGUUGCAAAAUUGGCCAUCAAUCAAGGAAUGGAAGUUGAUCUUCUAACAGGUUUAGCAAUUGAAGAGGCAUGUUAUGCUCAGACUAUUCCAACAAAAGACAGAAUUGAAGGCCUUCUUGCUUUUAAAGAAAAAAGACCCCCUCGCUAUAAGGGAGAGUAGAGGGGUGGAAACCAGAUGCCUUUUAAAAUGCAAAUGAAAUUGACAUACUGCUGGAAGGAAUUCCAGCUGUCUUUUUGCCUCACAAUAUGGAAUAUUGCAACCAUGAAAGUAAAUGUAAUUUCCCAUACUUUUAUCUCGGUAAUGUACUUAAAUAUGUAUUUAGCCUUACAGAUUCUGAAGGCUUCUUUGUGUAUUUGCAAAGUCAUUGGUCUGUUCAGCACUUUAUUCCAUAUAUUUGAAUUUGCAUACCUUGUCCAUUAAAUACAUAAAUGCAUCAUAUACACAAAACCAAAAGUGACCAUUAAGUGUCUACGUCUUCUGCUCCUGCGAUAAAAUAAUUUAAUUUUGCACACAAAAAAUGUGACAUGUACUACAUAGAGUUUCUAAAUGAAUCAUGUUUCUUCUAAUGGUGAAUGUAUAAAUUUAAUAAUAAAGGUAGCUGAAUUGAGAA